AUGUCGCACUCUCACGAUGGUCACUCCCAUUCCCACGAUGGCGGCUUCAACGCCGUUGAGCAUGGUCACUCGCAUGAGAUCCUUGAUGGUCCAGGAAGCUUCCUGGGUCGCGAGAUGCCAAUUGUAGAAGGACGAGAAUGGUCUGAGAGAGCUUUCACCAUUGGCAUUGGAGGUCCCGUCGGUUCCGGAAAGACUGCCCUCAUGCUCGCCCUAUCCCUCGCUCUCCGAAAGGAAUACUCCCUCGCAGCCGUGACGAACGACAUCUUCACCCGCGAAGAUGCAGAGUUCCUCACCCGGAACAAAGCCCUCCCACCUCCUCGCAUCCGCGCCAUUGAGACCGGUGGCUGCCCACAUGCUGCUGUUCGUGAAGAUAUCUCCCAGAACCUCGCUGCAUUGGAGGACCUGCACCGCGAAUUCGAUACCGAUAUCCUCCUCAUUGAAUCAGGAGGUGACAACCUUGCUGCGAACUACAGUCGUGAAUUGGCCGAUUUCAUCAUCUAUGUUAUUGAUGUUAGUGGUGGCGACAAGAUCCCUCGGAAGGGUGGCCCUGGUAUCACGCAGAGUGACCUGUUGGUCGUGAACAAGACUGAUCUGGCUGAGAUUGUUGGCGCUGAUCUUGGUGUUAUGGAGAGAGAUGCUAGAAAGAUUCGAGAGGGGGGGCCAACGGUUUUUGCGCAGGUGAAGAAGGAUGUUGGCGUCGAUCACAUUAUCAGACUAAUCAAGAGCGCAUGGAAGGCCAGUGGUGCAGAGGAAGAGAGACGAAGCAAGGGAGGUCCCAGACCAACAGAGGGUUUGGAGCAGUUGGAAUAA